AGCAACAGACGAGCAAUCUAGUAGCUACGGAAUAUUGAGAAAAACUACUUUUUACAAUGGUUAGUGUGUAAUUUGCCGUUGCAAUGUAACGUUUGGAAGAAGAACUUUUAUAUAAUGUGAAAUUCUUGAGCUGCUUGUGUCUCAAAUGUGGAAUAUGGCUUUAGAUGAAUGUAAACAUUCGUCAAGCAUCUGCGCCAUAGCCAAAAUGACAAGGAAUUCUGUGAAGUAGGGGUUAGUAUGUGCGCUGCCCAGUCCCCUCGGUUAGGCCGCGGGCACCAGGCGAAGUCGUACGAUUAUCUACUCAAGUUCUUGCUGGUUGGUGAUAGUGAUGUAGGAAAAGAAGAACUGCUGAAUGGCAUGGACGAUGGGGCUUCCGAAUCUCCCUAUGGAUUCUCCAGUUGUGGUAUUGACUACAAGACUACAACAAUUUUGUUGGAUGGGAAAAGAGUGAAAUUGCAACUUUGGGACACCUCUGGACAGGGAAGAUUUUGUACAAUAUUUCGCUCAUAUUCCCGAGGAGCUCAGGGUAUUUUGCUGGUGUAUGAUAUUACAAAUAAAUGGUCCUUUGAUGGGAUUGAUCGAUGGAUUAAAGAAAUUGAUGAGCAUGCCCCAGGUGUUCCCAAAAUCCUUGUGGGAAAUCGACUGCACUUGGCAUUUAAGAGACAAGUCAGUGAAACAGUGGCUGAAACCUACGCACUGAAGAAUGACAUGGCAUUUUUCGAAGUGAGUCCACUGUGCGAUUUCAACGUGACGGAAUCAUUUGCUGAACUCUCUCGGCUGGCAUUGAAGAGGAAUGGAAUGAACCGCACCUGGGGACCUAACAAAGUGUUAAGCUUACAAGAACUGGCCUGUAGAACUAUUGUGUCAAGGACAACAAUAUAUGGGAUUGAACAGCUGCCCCUGCCACAAGCUAUGAAAUCCUAUCUUAAAUCCUAUUCAUUGACUAACAAAACCAGAGCCCGAAUGCACAGUUUUAUCCACCGCGACAAGCAUAGGAGGAAAAUACUCAACCCAAAUGAUUCCCCACCUAUGAAUUGUCGAAAAAGCUGCAUUAUCAGCUAACACAGCUGAAUAGAUGACCAGGGUUACGGAGUUAUUUCCCUUGGAUCAGUACAUUGCAUGGUGGAGCUUUAUUGCGUCGGCUGAAGGCUGUUAGUAAAGGAUUCGUAUCAAAGGUUCUGAAUGGAACACUGGCAAACACAACGUCAAAUGGCAGCAGUCUGAACUGACUUGGAUCCAAGUGUGUAUGAGGCUGUGUGUUUUAAAGUGUAGUCCAUAAACUACAUAUGUACCCUGUUUGAAGUAGAAAAAGGAGGGGAAGGUCAUCAGAAAGCUUUACUUGCAAAUCUUAUCUCCUAUUUGUUUGCAUCCCAAACCAUAAUGUGUGUCAUAGUUCAGGUGCACUCUAUCAAGUGAAGAAGCCAAGAUUUUAGCUUCCAAAGAUUUCUAGAACUGCUUCAGGACACAAUAAAUACAUGCAGAAUUCAAUUGCUAAUUUUAUUUUAAUGGUCUUACAUAAGAUGCCAAUGAAAUUGAGGAUUUUUUUUUAACAACCAGUUUAAUAUUGUGGGUAGAUGUUGUAAGUUUCUUUUCAAUGUGUAAAUUGACAAGCAGGAUCUUCAGUGCUGAGAAAUAUUGGUGUUCAGUUGUUGGAGAGACACUUGUUCAGUGUUAACUUUUCGUUUAUUGACAUGUCUGUAGUACAUCUGUGAACAGCCAAAUGUAUUUCAAAUAAUGAAGAGUGAAUCUGCCAAUAGUUCCUUUUUUUAAUGGUACAUAUAAUCACUAGUGUUUUUUAGUUGCGUUGAUAAUUCAUCUUCACUGCUAGUGUUUAAGUUUUCACUGUAUGCACCAUAUAAUUAUUUGCCUGUUUAUAUUUUAGCUACCAUCACUAUGUUGUCUCAGAGUGUCCAACAGUCUCCUCUGCAGACAUGACUAUAAUAUGCUGUGGACGUAGCUUACAUAGCACACCUUUGAUGAUCAGUAUUUACCAGUACCCGUAGACCAAUAUUUACCUGCUGUUCGGGGACAACAGUAACUUAAUUGUGCACCUGUGCUAAUAGAACAAGUGCUGUGAAGUUUUGUGUCAAACUUUAAACAUAAUUAAUUAUAUAUAGUGCAAAUGUAGUUGUGAUUUUGUUGUAAAAGAUUUUGUGAUUCAUACAGUUUGAUGGUCUUAGUUUUAUUUGACACUUGAGGAUUUUAUGUUAUUGUCCCAAGACUGAAAGCUCAGUUCAUUUAUACAUACCAAGAGUAGUAACAUUAUCAUGAUGGUUUCUCCACCCUUUCACUCAGUCUAUAUUGGCUUUUUGCCGUUGAUUAAAUCAAGUCUCUGUCAUAUCCAUGGAAGAAUUUCUGUUUUUGUACUUAUAAUCUCAAUAAUUGAAAAUGUGUCACUGCUGUUUGCUGGUGUAAUAAUUUUUCUUUUUAAUAGAAUGACGGUGGUGAAAUUUACUGAGAUCAUUCUAUGUACUUAAAUUUUGGUGCAGUUUUGCCCAUUAGCCCUGUUUAAAGGUUUCAGAUUAAGAAGUAAACAUUAGACAAGUUCUUUCAGAGUUUUAAACACAAAUAAGGGCAGCAUUCACAUAUAUGGGACACUUUAUGCUGAAUUUAGAAAGGUUUUACGGAUGUCAAAAUUUAUCUCAAUGAUUUUAGUAAUUAUUAAAGGAUGUCACCAGAGUAAAUUUCUGUAGAGACAUUUUGUGUGUUCUAAAAUAGAUUAUUGAGUAUAUAUCAAAGCUCUGGUUCUUAGGCAUCUGCAGUGAAAUUAAGCCUUCAGAAUUUCUGCUGUUUCAGGUGGGAACAUUUUUCUGGUGUUCAGGUUAUUGGUUGUAAUGGUAAUCACGGCUUUGCUGUUUUGGACCAUGGUUGUCGCUAAAGGGUUGCAUGUGAUAUAACUGGGGGAGUGAUCCUGUGGACAGUCUUAUGAAGCGUUUGCAGCAUGUGCCUAUCAAAACACCCAAGGCAAGAUACAGUGUAUGUCAACAUGCUAAAUGCGCCAAGUUGAGUCCCGACUUAUACAGUUCUCUGAUGUGAUCUUGUGUGAAUCUGAAAUGGGGAAACGUGGGGUUAGAUCAUCCAUUUAAUCACAGCACCUCCAGUUGAAAAGAGUUGGUGUGGGUUGAUGGAACCAAGAAAUGAAAGUGAAAUUUAAUCAGUGAUAAUGUUGUUUUAAGCCCUAAAUCCAAGGAGUUCUUGGCAUUGUGUAAUGGCAUUUACUUCUCCUGAAGUGUGCCACAAAGUGUUGCAGUGUUUAUCCUUUAGAAUGGUUAUGGCUUACAGAAAUCUUGUUCAUUCCAACAGAGAAUAAAAGUACACAUAAAGGAGGGAAGGGGUAUACAGGAUUGUAUCUUAUCAUUUGUUUGUGGUCCUUCAUUUUGAUUCUCAUGUUCCCUAGACAUUCACUUUGUAAACAACUUACACCUUUUCCACCCAUAGCAGUAUCAGUGACAGAAUCUCAAAGCAUCUUCAGUGUCAUCUAGGAACUUGUGUGGGAAUAGUUGAUAGCUUAUUGUGAUGGUCACAUAAUGUCCCGAAUUAUCCACAGGCAAAUGCGCAUUGUUUGGGAAAAUGAGGAAACAGUUUUUGUCCAUGCGGAAUGAAAGAGGUUACCUCAAAUGAAAUCUUCCUGAGCUGUGUGACUUUAUGUGGAGCUGCUCAAUUCCUCCCAACCUGAAACUUCCAUUUUCAUUUGUGUAUAUAUUGACACAUUUUUUCUAUACUCUUGGCAUAUCAUUUAUUUACAAAUUGUUUGUAUUAUUGUAAAUAUUUUUGUACAGAAAAUGUUGUCAAACCCAUGAAUUCGAAUGUGUUGUAUAGCAUGAUGUGUGUUUUAAUGUGAGUAAAAUGGUCAAGUAAAAUGUCCCUAAUAAAAUGAAACAGUGG